AUGCCACCUCACCCUACAAGUCCAACUGGUAGACCUCUGGGGUUUCCACAGAGGCUCCGCGAGCUCGGACGCCUCUCCCCCAAGACAGAGAGCAAAAAAGCAGACGAGUUCAAAAUAAUCCACACGCCCGACCGUCCGGAACGGCUGGUCACGCCCAUCGAGGCACCAUCAGAAGACGAGUGUGGCAACGAGAUUGCGCGCUGGCACCGUGCCGCAGCAGCAGGCCUCUUAGAACACCAGGGCAGCAUGUACAUGACGGGCAGUUGUGAGGACAGCGGCACAGACACGGAUGAGUCUGGAUAUGCCAACGAAAGCGAGGUGGACGAAUGCUAUGGGCCGUAUCACGACGCCAGUCACGGCACGACAAUAGUAGAGUACACGCGGGCGCAAAAACCAUGUGUGCUGCCGGUGACACCCCCUGGCAGACAGCAAACAGGAGGCCAGCUUCGUGCUAUACCAGUACAAGUACAACAAGGUGCCACGGAUGGCCGACAGAAGUAUCCGCUGCCCGGUACGACUACUAUUACCCCUAGUACUAGUAGCCACUUCCCGACUAGAGGUUCUGUUCUAGGAACCCCUGCUUCAGAUCCCAGGCCCCUGAUCAAAAAGGGGGUCCCUGAACGUGAGCGAGCCGGCCCAGGGGAGGAAGACCAACCCCAAGUCAACACGGCACAUCUAGUCCGCAUGGAGAAGUACCGGCGCGGCUACUGUCCGCUCUGCGGCAAGUUCUUUGGCAGCCCCCUUCCCCCAACUUGUCCCUAUCCGGAUUGCAGGCGGGAUCUUCGAACAUAUCUGGAUAGUCUCUCUCGAGGCUAUGGGCAGCAGCAGCAAGCGCCGCCUCGUCUUGCUGAGCGCGCAUAUCUCGACACGCAGCCACAGCCCAGGGAUGCUAUACAUGGCCACUCUUACACCGGGAGGCCUGGCAUAUUAUCCCGGAGGCCGUCCGUGGACAACCUCCGCCGCACUGAGAAAAUCCCCACACGACCGGCACCGCCCGUCUCGCAUAGUACUACAGGUAGUAGCCAUUCGAAAUCUCCCUCUCGGCACGGACAGGCGAGGCAAAAGAAGCCGCCAUUGCGAUCCCUCUCGCCGCCUACCAUUCCUCCACGCUCCGCAUCGAUAUCUCCACCACAGCGACAGCUCCAACAGCUGGUACAACAUCAAGACGUCAGCCGGCCCACUACGCCCGCCCCUGGUUCACCUGUGCUUGCGCCCGCGCCAAGGAGCGGCGACACUGCCGGGGGUUCGAGUUCACGGUUGAGCUCAAGCUUGCGCGACGAGGAGCCGGAACCGACUACCCCAGACACUGGGAGCAGAUACAGAGUCGGAUCCAACUCGCCGUGCAAGGGCGAUGAUGAUAUCGACUUUUUGGCAUGGAAGAAGCCUGAGGAGCUGGCCGAGUUUGAGAGAGAGCUGGAGGAGAACGGGGACGACGGAGAUGUGUUCCUGGAUAUCAUCAGUGACUAUAGUACCUAG